AUGCUACACCAGCUGGCUUUGAUACUCCUCUCGUUCCUGGCCAGUCCAGGAUUGGCCAGCGAGCCGGAUUGCGCCCAGCGUCCCGACUUGAAUGCAUUGAAAAACUGUUGCAAAAUGCCAUUGCUGGAGCUGUCCAAAUACAACUCGCAGUGCGGCCAGUAUCUGGUCAAUGGGGCACACAUAACCCCCUGCAGCUUCGAGUGCCUUUUCGAGGCAGCAAAAGCCUUGAAUGGCACGCGUCUGGUGAUGGACAAUAUACGCAAAAUGAUGGAAGCCCUGCUGCAGGGGCAUCAGGAGUUUGUGGACAUCUAUACGGAGGGCUUUGGCCAGUGUGCAGGCGAGGAGCAGGGCAUGAUCAAGAGCUUGAAGCGUCGCCGUAUGCCCAUCACAGGCAAGUGCUCCUCCAUGUCGGUCAUGUACGGCCUGUGCGCCCAUCGGUAUGUGUACAGAAACUGUCCGGAGCGUGCGGCGAGCAAAAGCACCAUGUGCACCGAGGCCAGGGCGUACAGUGCUCACUGCGAAUGA